CAGCGGCUGUGCUCACUGAGAUACAGCGCAGCCUUAGCAACUACAAACCUGCUGCUCGACAUGGAGCUCUGAGGACAAACUCAGACGCGUUUUUAGAGGACUUUCCUACCGUGUCUGCUUCACACACAAACACAGACAGACCCAGGAGCUGUGUUUCUGCGACAGGGACACAGACAUAGGAUACUCUGCGAAGACAGAGCAGCAAAACGGACUUGUACAAGGUGUCUAUUUGUCAACAGCUGUAACUAUGGGGAGCCGGGGACACUACCGGUACCACUGGCAGAGCCACAAUGUCAAGCAGAGCGGUGUGGACGACAUGGUGUUACUCACCAAAAUCAACGAAGACGCCAUUGUGGAAAACCUCAAGAAGAGAUAUAUGGAUGAUUACAUUUUUACAUACAUUGGACCUGUGCUCAUAUCUGUUAACCCUUUUAAACAAAUGCCAUACUUUGGGGACAAGGAGGUGGAGAUGUACCAAGGAGCAGCUCAGUAUGAAAACCCUCCUCAUAUCUAUGCACUGGCAGACAAUAUGUACAGAAACAUGAUGAUUGACCGUGAAAGCCAGUGCGUCAUUAUCAGUGGUGAGAGUGGUGCCGGGAAGACAGUCGCAGCCAAAUACAUUAUGAGCUACGUCUCAAGAGUGUCAGGAGGAGGACCUAGAGUACAGCAUGUCAAAGACAUCAUUCUGCAGUCCAACCCUCUCCUGGAAGCCUUUGGAAACGCCAAGACGCUGAGGAACAACAACUCGAGCCGAUUCGGCAAAUACUUCGAGAUUCAGUUCAGCUCCGGCGGUGAACCAGAUGGCGGGAAAAUCUCCAACUUCCUGUUGGAAAAAUCUCGCGUGGUCACGAGGAACCCUGGAGAAAGAAGCUUUCACAUCUUCUACCAGUUGAUCGAAGGGGCCACCGCGGACCAGAGAAGCACUCUGGGAAUCACCAGCCUGGAUUACUACUCUUACCUCAACCAGUCAGGAUCCUACAAAGUAGAUGACAUCAAUGACAAAAGUGAUUUUCGGGAAACUCUGCACGCUAUGGAUGUAAUUGGGAUCUCAGGCGAGGACCACACCAUGGUCCUGCAGAUUGUAGCUGGAAUUCUUCACCUGGGGAACAUCAGUUUCAAAGAGUCUGGGAACUACGCCGCUGUGGAGAGUGAGGAGUUCCUGGCAUUUCCUGCUUUCCUACUGGGCAUCAACCAGGACCGGCUAAAAGAGAAACUCACCAGCCGUAAGAUGGACGGCAAAUGGGGAGGGAAAUCUGAGUCGAUAGAUGUCACCCUGAACGUGGAGCAGGCGUGUUUCACACGUGACGCACUCUCCAAAGCUCUGCAUGCUCGUGUCUUUGACUACCUGGUAGAGUCAAUCAAUAAAGCGGUGGUAAAGGAUCAUCAGGAGGAGAAUAUUGGGGUUCUGGAUAUCUAUGGAUUUGAGAUUUUCCAGAAAAAUGGUUUCGAACAGUUCUGCAUCAACUUUGUGAAUGAGAAACUGCAGCAGAUCUUCAUUGAGCUUACACUGAAAGCAGAGCAGGAGGAGUAUGUACAGGAAGGAAUCCGAUGGACACCCAUCGAGUACUUCAACAACAAGAUCGUUUGCGACCUCAUUGAGAGUAAAAAUCCCCCAGGCAUCUUGUGCAUCGUGGAUGAUGUAUGUGCAACGAUGCAUGCAAAGGGGGAGGGAGCUGACCAGACGAUGCUGCAGAAACUGCGCAUGCAGAUCAACAACCAUGAGCACUUCAACAGCUGGAAUCAAGGCUUUAUAAUCCACCACUAUGCGGGGAAGGUGUCCUACGAUGCUGAUGGCUUCUGUGAGCGGAACAGAGACGUCCUGUUCACUGACCUCAUCGAGCUCAUGCAGAGCAGUGAAAUAGCUUUUAUUCGGGCCCUGUUCCCAGAAAACCUCAAUGCUGAGAAGAAAGGUCGUCCCACCACUGCAGGCAGUAAAAUCAAGAAACAAGCCAACGAUCUGGUGAGCACACUCAUGAAGUGUACGCCCCACUACAUACGCUGUAUCAAACCCAACGAGACGAAGAAGCCGAGAGACUGGGAGGAGAGCAGAGUGAAGCAUCAGGUGGAGUAUCUUGGUUUAAAGGAGAAUAUCAGAGUGAGACGUGCUGGCUACGCUUACAGAAGAGUCUUCCGCAAGUUCCUCAACAGGUACGCUAUCUUGACAAAGGAGUCGUGGCCGACGUGGCGCGGAGAUGAGAAGCAGGGUGUGUUGCAUCUCCUGCGUUCUGUCAACAUGGACCAGGACCAAUACCAGCUUGGACGCACCAAGCUCUUUGUCAAAGCCCCUGAAUCGCUCUUCCUCCUGGAGGAAACUAGGGAGCGCAAGUUUGACGGCUAUGCCAGGGCUAUCCAGCGUGCCUGGCGCCAGUACAUCGCCCGCAAGAAAUAUGUGCAGAUGAGAGAGGAAGCCUCUGACCUGCUGCUGAACAAGAAGGAGAGGAGGAGGCACAGCAUAAACAGGAACUUUGUGGGAGAUUACAUCGGCAUGGAUGACCGGCCUGAGCUCAGGCAGUUCCUGGCCAAGAGGGAGAAGAUUGACUUCGCAGACAAAGUCACUAAAUAUGACCGACGCUUUAAGGGUAUUAAGCGGGACCUAAUCCUCACACCUAAGUGUGUUUAUCUGAUUGGGAGAGAGAAGGUGAAGCAAGGUCCUGAGAAGGGCCAGAUAAAAGAGGUUCUCAAGCGUAAAAUCGAUGUGGAGAAGAUCAUGGCUGUUUCUCUUAGCACUCUGCAGGAUGACUUUAUGAUCGUUCAUGAACAAGAGUAUGACAGCCUGCUGGAGUGCGUGUUUAAGACCGAGUUUAUCAGCUUACUGUCGCGCAGAUAUGAGGAAAAAACCCAGAAGAAGCUGCCUCUCAAAUUUGGCAACACGUUGGAUAUGAAGCUGAAGAAGGAGAGCUGGGGGCCGUGGAGCAAUGGAGGUUCUCGGCAGGUGCAGUUCAUGCAGGGUCAGGGAGAGGUAGCCACGUUGAAACCCUCCACCAAGAUGCUGCAGGUCAGCAUUGGACCAGGACUUCCUAAGAACUCACGACCCACUAAGAAAGGCGCCAAUGUGAUCCGUUCCAACACAUUUAGACCACACCAGCAUGUGCCAGCACGGGUUGCUCCCGGCCCUCCAGUCGCUCAUCAGAACGGUGGGUUGAAACAUGCUGCCAAUCAGAGGAACGUGCAGCAUCAGAGGCCGGCAUCAGGUAAUCAAUCCCAACCUUUCCUGCCCAUCACUGCCAGUCAGCUGAAGGACAGGAACAGCAGGCAGUCGGCGCAACAGCCCAACCUGGACUGCCUCAGAGUGCCUGAUCAGGGAGCUGCUGGAAACCAGCGGCCGGCUGCAAAUGGAGGAAAGGCUCACAGGCAGUCGGCUAACAGGCCCGCCCCAGGAGGUGGACGGCCCAAACCUGCUCCCAAACCCAAGCCUCAGGUGCCUCAGUGUAAAGCUCUGUACGCCUACGACGCCCAGGACACAGACGAGCUUAGCUUCAAUGCUGAUGACAUCAUCGAAAUCAUCAUGGAAGACGCCUCAGGCUGGUGGACGGGGAGGCUGAGAGCUAAACAGGGCCUUUUCCCCAGCAAUUACGUCACCAAGAUCUAACUCCAUCUACUGCAGCCGAGCGGCCAGUCGGAGAAUCACACGUACCUCAGAGACUCCUAGUGCAGUGGAAAUGGACAAAUGAGAGAAAGAGGGAGAAGACCACGACAUGGAGAUCAUGCUGUAUCUGCAUGCUGUAGUCUUAACACAGUGAGGUUUUCAGCGGAGUCCUUCAGUCUUAUCGAGCACAAGGACGCUGGCCAGCACACUUCUCUCCAGGGAUCAGAGUUACACAGUCCCUGUGAGCACUGAUCAAAACUAUUUAUUGUAUUUAUAGCUUUCAACAUUUUUAUUUUCCUUCCUUUGGUUCAACCAUCGUUGAUAUUUAAAGUUAUUUCUUUUGAAGACACGAAGCAACCGUUGUAAGUGGGACCUGAAAUCUUUUUUUUUUUCUUUUCUUUUUUUCUUUCUUUUGAAACGGAAGGAUUUUCUUGUGUAAAUGAAGGUGCUUUACUGUAGAUGUAUCAUGGUUUAUGAUCUCUUAUGGCUCUACGUUUUAAAUCUAAGGUUUAUAGAGGGAAUAUGUUUUGCUGCUAAUGCCUGAUUGGUUUUAAUGAUUACAUCUCAAAAAUGUACUUUUUAACUGAAAUUUGAAGCAUUAGUCUUUAGAAGUCAAUGAAGCCCCAAGCCACAACGCGCACGUGUUACUGCGUAAAUGUCCAGUAUGCUGUGUGCACUGCAUGUGGUUACAAAGCACUUUAUCAGUAUGAUGUACUGGCUGCUCCUGACACUGCCAGUCUCCCCAGGAUGUAUAUACGAAGGAUUGCCAAAGAUGCACCAUUUGCUGAAGGGAACUGUUUUGAAAGCAAUUUGUUUACAUAAAUACACAGGCAUUUUGCUUCGAUGUAUCUAGAAUAUUUUGUACGAAUAUGUUAAUAAUAGGAUGGAAAGAUUGUUGUACUGUUCCCCAGCAUUCCCGAGUUGGCUGUUUGUCAAUUUAUGAAGGGUUGUGUUUAGAUGGAAAUUGGACCAAAGUUCACCUCCUGACACAAAUGACACAAAAUCUGUAAAUAUUAAAUGAUUAAAAAAAAACAACUUAUCCACUAUUGACAACUUUGAUGAGAAAAUACAGUUAUUUUCCUUUUGGUAACAAAUGCUUCUUGUUUCAUUAUUGUGAAUGAACUUUCUACACAUAGAUACGUCUGUUUCAACUGUACUUUCUGUUCCUCUUCAUAUUUGUGCAAUACCUGAUAUUAGGUAAUGAACUCUGGAUUUUUUUUGUUUGUUUUUCUUUUCAUUUUCCUACUUUGUUUUCCUAUUGAAAUAGAAUGUUGCUCAAACGUUUUUGGCAUCUGAUUGGUUCGCCAUAUCUCCAGUCAGGGCCGGCCCGAGGGGUUGUGGGGCCCAAGGCGGGAUCAGGAAUAUGGGCCCCACUGAUGUAAAAACUGCCAUAGCAGUCCAAUUUGGUGAGUGAAGAGCACAUAACAAUGACAUUUUCCAUAUUUAAGUGUAUAGAUGUUAAUUAAGUGCAACUUACAAUUGUUGUAUUAUUACAAUGAAUAUCAGAACUAUAUGUAUAAAAUACAAAUAUUUAAACAAAUAUAUUCAAUUAUAUCUCAACUUGAAAAUCGGUUCGAACUGCAUCUGAUCAAACGGAGAGCCAGUCAACUGGGUCACGUGGUGGUGCUUGCCUGACUUUAGCUGAAACAUCUGCAGCAGGUGGCUCAGCUGGAGUAGUCUCAGUUUGGGAAUCUGAUUGAUGGGGUUCUGAAGUCUGAGCUUCUGCUUCAGGAUCAAUAAUUGGCCUUUUCAUUUUAAAUAUGCAUUACGGAAAUGAAUAAACAGUUAUCUACAAUGUUAUGUUGUGUAAUAUAAAAUAAUACAAUACAAUUAGUGUUUUAUGUCAAACUAAAUAAUAAAUACAGAGACACAGCCUGUCUCUGUAGCCGUGGGUCCACUGAGAAACUUCCGCAUAGCCCCUAGUUAGUACAUGAAUAAAGUCAGAGAGCUCAUUUUAAAAAAACAAGGCAUGUAAUCGAAGGUGUAAUUCUAAGUGUAUAACAUUCAAACAUGCAUUAACGUGGAGAAAUGUCUGCUACAUGAAGCAUUUCACCUAGUUUAAUGGCUGUAAAAUAAACACAGCGUAAAACUUUAUUGCAUUAGGCCUUAAUGUGAGAUGGGUUAUAAUGAUCAUUUAUUAAAACAGGAGUAUUAAUAAUACAACAAUAAAUAAUGUCAAGCAGAGCGUACGUUUACUUUGAGCUUGCUUUUUUUUUUUUUCUUCCUUUUUCCAACUCCCGAAAGAUACCGUUUAGGUGCCAUGUUGUACCACAACUAUAAUCUCCGUAGUGUUCUUUAUUUUUUUCUAUUAAUUUAAUGAAAAUGAAUCGCAUCUUUCAAUGUAACGUGUGAUGAGUUAUGGUGUUAUGAAAUACUAAUCCCUCGGCGAAGUUGCUAUUACCAUAGUCAUGAGAAUAUUGGGAACUUUUUCAACCAAGAAUAAUGAGUUGUUGUUGUUGUUGUUUUUUUUUACAGAAUGCCUGUGUCAUGCGUUUUACUUAUGCUUAUGCUUAGUACAUAUUCAUAAAGAGUAAGCAGCGCCAAAGACUAAAAUAGGACGUUUCCCUGCAUUUCUGUCGAACGUGAGCAAUGAGCAUUUUGGAGCAGAGCGUGGAAUCCCGUGGAUACGAAUAAUUACUGUACUUGAGUUCUCCUCAAUCCAUCACUGCAUGAAUAAAUUAUGCAAAAUACUGUGA